AUGGACGUCUGUGGAAACUUUCCGAUUGACCGUCAAGGAGCCUCCGGCAAACCGGAUGACGCCGACGUCUGCUGGAUUUCGUUUCCGGGCAAGUACAAAGGAGGAUGGGAUGCCUUGACCGCGCAGACGACAGACUCUGUCGCCUGCGUCUUCUUAUGCACUCCGGAAGAUGGUGAAGGUCGCCACUGUCCGGAUCCUGAUGACAACAAAGCCCUGUGCCUUUGUCACAGAAUCUACGGCGAGGCAAAACCAUGGGGCUGUUAUUGGUACAAGCGCUGGAAAGAGAACGUUCACAGAGCGGUAAGGCAUAAGCAGCGGCUUAAGGCCGUGUUCUUCGCAGGUCAAGUUGGCCGGGGCAAGGUGAGGAUGAAGGAUCUCCCGACACUCGAGUUGCGGGAUGGGAUUGGGCUUGGGGGCUCGCAGAAGACCGAGUUGGCCACAGCUGACGAGGAAGGAUGGGAGUAUGAAGAGGUCGACGCUGCUGCAUUUCUUCCGGGAGCCUUUCCGGAGGGCACACAAGUCGAUGCUUGGUGCGACGCUACCAAAGAGUGGCGAAGGGGUACAGUUGCGAAGUUCAAGAAGGAAGUGAAUGAGAAAGGUCAGGAGCAGGUGAGCUGGACGGUGCGAUGUGACACAGGGGACAUGAUCGACACCCAGUACGUGAUGGACGCUGCCAUGUCCAUGCAGAGGAUUCUGGACGUUUUGGGCCUGCCAAAGCUUGUCGAGAUCUUGAGCCAGUGCCUGUCCCGAACAGGCAAUGUUGCGGUACAGCCAGAAGUUCAGCCAUCGAGGCUUGCUUCAGGGGUCUCAGAGAUGCUGAUUCGGGUGCACGUGAAAGACAUCGGGACUCUGCAUGCCCUUUAUACUGUGGUUCAGAACGAGUUCCGCGAGAUUGACAUCAACGAGAAGCUUUGGGAAGCCGGCAGAUUGCGUGGCUCAAGCUUGCCGGAAAUUGAAGUCGAUAAAAAUCGCUUCUUCAAUCUCUUCGAGGACUUCCGCCUCCUCUCGGACUAA